AUGCCACUCAGCGUCGGCAUGUGGGAGCAGCUGGUUGAGAAGUACCGGCCAUCGUCGCUGGAUCAGCUCGUGGCGCAUGAGGACAUCAUCAGAAUGAUCGAGCGGAUGAUGGUCAAGAAGACACUGCCUCACAUGUUGCUGCAUGGUCCUCCGGGCACAGGCAAGACUUCAACGAUCAUGGCGUUGGCCAAGACUAUGUACAAAGAGCGAUACAAGUCAAUGACGCUGGAGAUGAAUGCGUCUGAUGCGCGUGGCAUCGAAGUGGUUCGAGAUCAAAUCAAGACCUUUGCCGGCCACUCAGAUCCUGCUUGGAGGGUAGAGACGGAUAAGUGCACGGAGGAUAAGACCCUCCCAUUCCGUGUCAUGUAA